AUGUGUGAGAGGCAGCCAUUGCGGGCGCAGUCUGCUGACAAUCAGGACGUCGCCAACCUCGCAGACAACAACGAGCAGGUGAACAAUGAAGAGGCGAAAGGCAUCGACAGCACGGGACAAGACCUUGUUGCCCAGGACGAGGAGAACGAGAACGACGACGCCGACCUCGCUUCCUCCCUUCCGCUUUUCCGCUUCCGCUUCGUCGUCCGCCUUGUUGAGUUCGGGGAAAAGCUUCAGUGGGAAGAAAACGAAUGUUUCCAAAGGUUGAGGGCUGAGGAGUUGCAGCAUGAUGAGUUGGUAACGGAUUUGAUGGAUCAAAACGCAGAAUUGCAGGCCGAGGCCGACUCUCUAAGGCCCCCAAGCCUGGUGAAGUUAGCGACCUUCUCGCUAAGGUUGAAGGACAAUGCCGAGUGGGAAUCUCGAGAAGCCGGAAGCCAUGCGGGUUGGCGCGACUACGUUUUACUGUUUUACUUCAAGCCUACGUGUGAGGAGGAAGCUCAAGCCGACAGCGAUGUCGCGUUUGGGGAACCUGUCACCGUUGAUCACAUCAUCACACGGGAUGCCAAAGACAACGACUUCCAAAAAGAGACUGUGUCUCACGUGGUGAUGGGCGUAAAUUUAGGUGACGAUGAGGUUAAACUGAUCUACUCUGACAGCGCAUUGGAGUUCCACUACGCGGCAAAACAGUUGCGCACUCGUUCUAACCUGGUGCAGUCUGGUCUACCUGCUAGGUUUGACGAGAAGUUCAGUGAAGAGCGCAUUCGCCUUUCGGAGCCAAAGUCCUUUGCUGGGAGGGGCGUACUGAUCCUCUUCUUCCUGAAUACAGUUACGGCCCCGCCAAUGGAUGUUGCCGAGAAAUCGUUGGCCCAAAUCCUGGAAGGGUACGAAAGACCCAUGGUAGGCUUAGAGGCGGUUCUCACCGACGUCUGGAAGAGCGUGUUUUACCGCCCGACGAAGAAGCUUCUGCUAGUGGUUUUUGUCGACGAGUUUAAGCUUGCAGGUCCCAAGGGCACCAUCAAGGAUUACUGGGCAUUGAGCCGGAAAACCUCCCUGCAGUUCGACGCCACCACUAUCCAUGCAAGAGGCCGUAUGAAUGGUGGGACGGCGAAACGUAUUUCGACCUCGCAGGCCGGGAUCAACGUGAUUUCGAAUUGGCUGUUGCCCAGCUUUUUCCAGUUGCAUUCUGCCAAGCCUUCAUCUGCUGUUGGUGCUGGGGAGAGCGACACAACGGAUGCUCGACUAUCCAUUCGGUGUAAGGCCCCGCAGAAAGAAGACUCCACCAAGGCCACGAAGCGCUUCGUCGACAACCAAAAUCAAAAGUUGCGCAAGCGCCUUUUUGGCCACUGCAGCCGGCUUCAAGAAGCCGGUUGA